UCAACUUGUUUUAUUAUAAUUUAUUUUAGUGCUCUGCUUUUUCAUUGAAUAUUUUUUAUCUGUGUGUCCGACUGACGUGUACUUGUUUUUAUUGCGGUGGCCGAAAUUCGUGCUAAUAUUUUAAUUAAUUCGCUGCAAAUAUCUACAAUCAGUCAUCAUGAUCACCGACAUCCAAUUGGCCGUGUUCUCCAACAUCCUGGGAGUCUCCAUUUUCUUACUAGUAAUCCUGUACCACUACAUUAAUGCUAACAGCACUAAGUGAAACAGGUAGAACCCAUCAUAUUGGCUAAAGCAAUGUUUUAAUUAUAUUCCAUCUAUGUAAUUUUAGGAUGUAAAUAAAUUAAGUACACUAUA